CAUACAUCUUCCUCUAUACUUUUCUUCUAACAUCUUCCUCUCUCUACAAUUGGAUCAUGGAUAGCUUACCUUUUCAUCUCCUCGAGGAGAUUCUCUUCAAACUGAAUGACAAAUCUCUGGCGAUAAUGCAAUGUGUGGACAAAUCUAUCAACUCCCACAUAUCCAACGAUCCUUAUUUCAAAUCCAACCUCAAGGGUUCGAUUCCAAAGAGGUGCGAUAGUAUUAGUCCAGACUGUUACGAGUCUACACCGUCUUCUUUUCCCGCUGCGAUGGAAGUAGAUGAGAACGUGGAGCUCAUGAAGGUGGAUCUGAUUGAUGAUAAAGGUAAGUCCGGUCUAGGUAUGAUCAUGAGAGUUAUUGAUACAAUCUCAGCAUAUGCUCAGAAAAAGAAAACGGGAGUUGGAAAAAGAUUGUUGAAUGAAGAUGAUACCACACUGAAGAUGGAGUUGCAAUCUUCUUAUUCUUCUUACAAGUUAAUUAACGUGGAGAGAAUCAACAAAAGAAGAAGAGUGAAGUCGUAUGCAUGGAACUAGUCGUUAUGGUUCUUUGAAAGUUUAAUAGUUAAAGUCGCGCUUAUUGUUGUUGUUGCAUGGUUCUUCUCGUCUUUGUUUAUUGCACGCUCACCAUUUUUUUUUCUUUUAUCUAUCUCUACCACAAGAGGAAUAUGACUUUAUUAUAGUUGGACAUAGCUAAAAAGUUAUUAAAUAGUUUGCUCGAAAUCUUCCAAAAGACCAAAACAUAUUUUAACAUUGUAUACAAGUAUGAAAUUGUAUCACUAGCUCGGGAGAUUCAUGGAAAAUCUACACUUGUAUCAGUUAGGCUACAGUUUCUGUUGUUAGAUGUUUUUGCUUUCGCGUUUAAUUAACAUUUAGGACUGAAUCUGGGAACAGGUUUCGUUUAUAU